CGUAGGUACCGUAGGUACGGUACCUACGGCACACCCGGAGUGAAAUGUACCAGGCAUCCCAACUAGUCGAGCGAGUUGCAACCACCAUUAAUUCUGGUGUGAUAGAUGCCAGGUCUAAUCGCUCUGCCUAUAACUGUCGCCGCGGGGGUUGUAUCGACGAUAAAGGGGCAAAACCAAAUUAUCGGCCCCCGUCCAUGCACCUUCCCGCUACCCACGGUCGCGGUUUCAAUGAAUGCUUCUACUGAACACGCCUACUCUUGGCGCUACAUGGCCGCAACGCGUGGCGUCGACGCGUUUCAAAUGCGUCGAGGCGUUGAUAGCAGCGACGAAAGGACAAUGGCAACGUUUAUUCCCCUCGAGUUGCGGCACAGCAUCCUUCGCCUCACGGCAGACUUGCGAAAGAUUGUAUACAGGAAGAUUUCUAAUUGGGCGGUGACGCGGUCUCUCUGCGCAGAUGUAAUCCGCGGUAAAUUCAGCGCGAGGGGACAUCCCAGCGGUGCGGUCCUUAAACUAGAGGAUGAUGCACAGUUCCUGCCUGACUUCUGCGGGGCUUCCACCCGCGUCCUAGAAGCCCUGCCAUCGCGCGGCGAUUGGGACAUACUGUACCUGGGACACUGCGCCGAGGCAACUCACCGAGUUCGCUCCUGCCACCGCAUCCAGGGCGCCCCGCGCGGCCAUGAGUUCGUAUCGAAGGGAAAGAAACCGAUGUGCACACACGCGUAUGCCAUCACUCGGCGUGGCGCUAGGCGAAUUUAUGACCUACUAGAAGGCUGGCCCAGCGUCUAUCUGGAGAGGGUCUUGGCUGCAGCCGAGCCAGGCAAGGGGUUCCCGGGCAACAACACACCCCGCAUAUUCUGGCAAGUGGACUGGGGACACGACUUCGAAUUAGCACAUUUGAUUAAACGGAACGAGCUCGACGCGUUUUUGGCGUGGCCGCCGACGGUGGUGCAGCCGUGGCAGCUGAGCCGUAGGGCGAGUUCCGAUGACAUUUUGCGGCCUGCCCCCUCGGUGUUGCCGGCGGCGUGCGGGUAGUUAGCUACGAACUUUACUGCGUGUCCUGAAUCCUGCCAGGGAUACUUCAUUCGAGCCUCGCCUCUUGUGCUCGUGAACCACUCGCGCCAUUGAGGUCGCUUGGGUCCCGGUGCGCGUGGUCGUCUUAUUAAGAAAGGGGCCUGACCCUCUAGCCUGA